CAACGUUGUGUAAACGAUAUAAUUGUAAUAGAACGCCACUCUUAUUGUAUUGGUUUGGUGUAUCCAAGAAAAAUAUGUACAGCAACCUAGCGACGAAAUAAACGCCUCUUUUUAGUUUUCAUUUAUCGUUCAUUGUCGGUCCUUGCGGUCUUGUAUUACAUAAGCUAUUUUAAAAGUAGUAAAAAAUUCAAGCAAUGGCAGAACCAAAGAUAGAACCACCAACGAGUGAAGUCGAAGGAACUUACUCGACCCCAGCUAAUGAUCCUAAAAACAUGCAGGAGGUAACGCAGUAUGUACAAUCUCUUUUGCAAAAUAUGCAAGACAAGUUCCAGAGUAUGUCAGAUCAGAUCAUCAACAGAAUAGACGAGAUGGGAACACGAGUUGAUGAACUUGAGAAAAAUAUUACAGAUCUUAUGACACAAGCUGGAGUUGAAAAUGAAAAAUAGAAUAGAACCCUAUAGUUUAUUUAAUUUAAAGAAAUUUUUCCACUUUCAUAGAGUAUAAGAGCUGUCACAUACCUGUUUAGGAAAACAUUUGUAUGCAAUUUUGUAUUAGACAAUGAAAACAGGAAAAGCAGGAGGUUUGUUUUGAAAUGUGCCUUUAAUGUUUAAAUGUUUUAAUUUAUCAAUGGUAAUUUUGGUUUUACAAAGCGCUAGCACAUUAGUAAGCUUUAUAUGUAGAGGACAAUGUUAGAAAAUAUCAAUUUUUGAUGUUUAGUAAUGGUGACAAGAAGUAUUGGAAGCUAAAGUUACUGGCACCAAACACAUGUUUUAAUGAUUGCAAAAAAAGAUGCAACCUGAUCAAUAUCAUGAUUUGUCUUUACUGGGUUCAAUAAUUUUUAAUUUAUAAAAAAGUGACAAUACAAAACAUCAUUUAUUUUGUAAGUGCCACAUUAAGUUUUGUAAAUUUGUGAAGAUACCCUUACAUAUAUAUGUAAUAUUUCAUUUACUAUAAGUUAACCUUCUUUCACUGAUACAAAUAUAUAAAAAUAUGUAUAUAUU